UCCGUCCAAAAGGCAACGUUCCAUUCGCAAAGUAAAAGUCCCCUCUCCGAGCUCCGUCGUCCACUGAACUGGAAUGGUUGGCCGGUCAGUAUGCAAAUCUUAAGAUUGAUUGAUUUUGAGGGAAGAAGAUGGACAUAAUAUCGCAAUUACAACAAGAAGCGAAUACGAUCGCAGCGCUAGCCUUUAACACAUUCGGUACAGUACUGCAAAGGGACACUCCUCCUGUUCGACUCUCCCCUAAUUAUCCCGAACCACCUCCGAAUAACCCCGCUGACGACGCCGCCCCCAACUUCUUCGAACAACCCAAGCUUCUCAUCAUUGCACUCAUCAAGGCCACUAAACAGUUUGAUAGUCUGGUUGCAGCACUACCGUUGUCUGAUGGAGGUGAAGAAGCGCAGCUGAAAAGGAUAGCAGAACUGCAGGCUGAAAAUGAUGCUGUGGGCCCAGAACUUCAGUGACAGCUUUUCAGUCUUCAUUGCAUACUUUCUAGUACUCAAAAGUCAUAAAUUAGCACCUUCAGAAGAAACCAGAUUGCAAC